AUGAUUGUCCAAAUCUCUCAGCACACCAAUCUCUACUCUGCCCAGGAACUGGGGGAUCCAAUCAGGACCAGCCCUGAAGAGAUUGAAAAGUUCCUGUCUAUGUUACUUUUCAUGGGUGUUUUCAACUUCCCAGCCAUAGAUGACUAUUGGCACUAUGAGUUACGUUUCAGUGUGAUAGCUGAUACAAUGCCAAGGAGAAGAUUCAAGCUGUUACGCCGGUACAUUCACUUCAAUGAUAAUCAGCAGUGCGAUGGCAGUCCAGACCGGUUCUACAAAAUUCGCCCCCUUUUUGACAUGCUUCGCCAGCAGUGUCUUCUGAUCCCAUCAACUUACCAGCACAGUGUGGAUGAGGUCAUGGUGGCAUUUAAAGGCACAAGAGCUGGCUCUCUCCGUCAGUACAUCGCCAACAAGCCAGAUAAGUGGGGCUUCAAGUUGUUCUGCAGGGCCAGUUCACCUGGCAUCAUUCAUGACCUGCUGCUGUAUCAGGGUGCAUCCACUUUCUUCAACAUUACUCUAACUGAGCAGGAGGAGGCGCUGGGUCUAGGGGCCAAACUGGUAACAACGUUAUGCAAAACUAUACCACUGCCCUGUCUUUCAGUUGUGCUCUGUGACAACUACUUCACCAGUUUUGACUUGAUCCAGAACCUGCAUGGAAACCUGGGCCUCAGAUGCAUUGGCACUGUCCGACCAGACCGCAUGGGUGGAGCAACCUUGAAGACGGACAAAGAGCUGAUGAAGGAAGGACGUGGAGCUUUUGACUACAGGUCUACUGAAGGGGUGAUAGCAGUGAAAUGGGUUGACAAUAAAUGUGUUAACCUGCUUAGCAAUGCCUGUGGGAUCGCACCUGUUUCCUCUGUCAAACGGUGGAGCAAAGAGGCCAACACAAAGAUUGCCGUCCCGUGCCCAUCACUCAUUCCUGCCUACAAUCAGCAUAUGGGAGGCAUUGAUCUCUCUGACAUGCUGGUGCACUUGUACAAGACCCCAGCGAAAUCAAGGCGAUGGUACUUUCCCCUUUUUGGAUACAUCCUUGACCUGUGCAUCUCAAAUGCCUGGCUUAUCUACAAGAGGGACUGCAGUCUCCUGAACGAAACACCGCAGCCUCUCAAAAUGUUCCGUCUGGCAGUUGCCCACACUUUGGCACAAGUCAACAAGCCACCAUCCAAAAGCCUGGAGUUCGAGUUCUGA